ACUUAUUUCAGAUGUACAUGAGCAUGUCAUGCUCAUUUCUUUUGGCAUAUUUUAAAUCCUGGACUGUAAGGGGGGAAGUAACGAUUGAAACAGCCUGAUUUUACUCAUCCUUGACCUCAAGCAAAGAAGAGACACUGAGCAGACAGCUAAAAGUUUGCCAUGGCUCAGUAUGAUCAGUUAGAGGAUAAGGACUCCUUGGACUUUCAUGAUAACCCACCUGCACCUGAUAAUGUGGUGAAAGAAGAUAAUAACACGGUGUAUUUUCUAUAUGAUGAAGAGUUGGAGGAAGAGGAACCUCCUCCACCACCUCCUCCGGAGCCUGUUGUUAUGGUUAAUGACCGCCCGCAUAAAUUUAAAGAUCAUUACUGCAAGAAACCAAAGUUCUGUGAUGUCUGUGCCCGAAUGAUUGUUUUGAACAACAAAUUUUGUAUUCGAUGCAAGGACUGCAAGACCAAUAUUCAUCAUCAAUGUCAGUCCUAUGUGGAGUUUCAAAAAUGCUUUGGAAAAAUCCCUCCGGGAUUUAGAAGGGCAUACAGCUCACCACUAUAUGAUCAGGAAAUAAGUAGCCCAGGCCAGACACACCGCUCUGAUCCUGUGUUUGACACCUUGCGUGUGGGUGUUGUUAUGGCCAACAAAGAGCGCAAAAAAAAUUCAGAGGACAAGAAAAAUAUGGUGAUGUUAAUGGAAGAAGAUGAUGCACAACAACCUAAGGAAGAGGAGGAGGGUGGGGAAAGUGGGGAAACAAAGCAAGAUGGAGACAAGAAAGGAGACAAGACGGCAGCAGAUGACAAGAAUAAGAAGAACCUUGGCACCUUCUCACAGUCACAUUACUACAUGGCACUGUAUCGCUUCAAAGCCAUUGAGAAAGAUGACCUGGACUUUCAUCCUGGGGAUCGAAUCACUGUCAUAGAUGACUCAAAUGAAGAAUGGUGGAGGGGAAAGAUUGGGGAGAAGACUGGCUACCUGCCAAUGACAUACAUCAUAAGAGUCCGUGCAGGAGAAAGGGUGUACAAAGUAAUACGCUCAUUUGUAGGGAACAGAGAAAUGGGGCAGAUCACGCUUAAAAAGGACCAGAUUGUGGUGAAAAAGGGGGAGGAAGUGAAUGGCUAUUUGAAAGUUAGCACUGGACGCAAACUAGGCUUUUUUCCAGCAAACCUGCUCCUGGAGCUAUGAAUUGCAGAAACAUGACAAAAAAGGUGACAAGAUGUUAACAAGUCUGUUGACCUUGUUGACCUACUCCAGUAAUUGGUCAAAAGAUUUAAUCUUGGAUUGAAUGAAUCAAAAAAAUAUUUAGAAGAUGAUACUGUUUUGCUGUACACUUUGUGGGGCUAUGUGUUUCAAAGACAAAUGUAGUGUGUUUGUAGACCUUUUGUUGUUUGCUUGUUUAAAUAUUUUAAUUAAAGCCCAAGAAGAGUACCUAUGGCAUUCUUUAAUAGCUAGAGUAAACUGUCAUUAGGUCAAAUGUUAUGGUGGCAUAACUUGGAGCAUGGAGCAAGAGAUUUCAACACGGUUGGUAAUGAGUAUUGUUUGGAUCUCUGUAUCAAAAAUGUAUUUGAAGUGGAGGAUGUGUAAUUCAAUGUCAAGUAAGCACUUGUCAGUGUCUUGGCAAAUAAAAUAAGGAAUGAACAUCAUGAUGGAAAAGAUCAAGAUGCUGUAAUGAGACAAAAGAUUUUGUCUAAUUUCUAUUUGACAUGAGUUACGGUGUAAAUGCAGGGCAGUAAAGGUUUUAUUGUAUCAUCAAA